CGAAGACACAGGCUGCUGCUGAUGCUGCUGCUUGGGGCGGAGGUCCAGGACAUGCUCCCCACACAUCAGAUCAUCAUGCUCUGCAACAAAGACCUCAGCCUUGGAGUCACUGGGGGCAGGCGCACACUGAGCCCAGUGGCCACAAACAGAGAUGAAUCCCACUGUUGAUAAGACCAGGGAGCAAAGGCCCAUCUGGACCUUGACGGGUCCAAACCGGGGCAGAGAUGGCAAAGAGAGACUACCUGGUGGAGGCAGCCAAGCAGAUCCGCAUGGCACUGGACAGAGAAGUUAAUGAGGACUAUGAAGCAGCUUUCAGUUACUACAAGAACGGCGUGGAUUUACUGCUGAAUGGGGUUCAGCUGGACCCAAACAAGGAUCGCCGGGAGGCUGUCAAAAGAAAGACAGCACAAUAUCUCAAGAGAGCUGAGGAAAUCUUUAUUUCACAUCUGCAGGACAACCUGGGCAAGGGGAGCUCUCAUUUAGGGGGUUACAGCAGUCUGAGGUUCCGUCCAAUCAGACAUCUGAGUUCACCUGUGGAGGAUCUGGAAAUGUGUAAAGUGGUGGGGGUGAUUGAUAAGGUCCUGAUUGUUCAAAGUAUGGUCAAUAAGGAGACAUUUGUUGUAAAGAGCUUGGCAAAGUCUAGCUGGGAGAGCAGAGACAAGCCAACCAUCAUCCCUCAGGGGGUGCCAUACAUGGUGAAGCUGCUGAGGUACUAUGUCAGUGAGGACGCUGUGUACCUGCAUCUGGAACAUGUUCAAGGUGGGAGGCUUUUCUCCAAGCUGCACAAGGUGAGGAGCGACAAGGCCAAGGAGCACCCAGAAUGUUUCAGUCCCGGCCAGCACAGAAUCAAACUAAGGACCAGCUACACAUCUCCAACGAUUAGCACAGACUACCAGCACAAGGACAGAGAGUGCACAAGCAUGAUCCCCCCGCCAGAGAGAAUAAACGAUGAGAGCCCAGACACCGACUCCCCAACAUCAUGGGCUGAAACUCAGCAGCGGAUGGAGAGCUGUGGGACUCACUCUUACAUUGAGGAGACAGGUUGUCUGCAGAACAUGCGUGCCUCUGCAGUAUCAUUUUAUACCCGACUAGAACGGCCAGCCCUUUUCUCUGGUCCAAUGAGGACACACAUCAGCACCCACAUCCAUCCACCAGCCCCCAGUUUGUGUUUGCACACCUCUGAAACUCAGGAAAAGCCUGCUCUUCCUCUUUCUUGUGCUCGUGUCAGUCAUGCCCUUGAUGUCAUGUCGCAACUCCAUGAAAAGACAGCUGGGAUGGGACUGAUAGAGUGCAGCUCUGACUUUGAAGAUGCUUGGAAAGCUGCGGAUCCCGCACACAACUGUGAGAGUAUAAACCCCUAUGCAGUGACUGGCACUAAUUUACAUAGCACUGUAGGAAAAACUGUACCUCAUACAAGUCAAACCUCACUUGGAGCAGCAGAUUCAGCAAAUGUUAAAAAUAAUGGCAUGAGCUCUGGUUCCUCUCCUGCCAUUUUGCAUCUUCCUCUCCAUUGCCAAACCCAGAUCCGUGGUAGGGCCUCUUGGACGACCAAUGGCUCUCACCAUGGAUCUGUUUUCAGUGGGUUCUUUGAGAGCACCACAGACAUGGUGACAGACCUGGCUAAGCAGAGCACAGCAGAAGAGCAGGACAACACCAGUCCCACUGCAGAGGAAAGAAAGGCAAUGUUAGUCAUCAGAAGCACAGACAGAGCAGUGUUUUCUGGCCUCACAGACAUAAGGACCACCUCAGAAAGUUCCCAGACUUCCUGCGCUUCCCUCUACCAUAGUGCUGCAGGAGAACCGGCAACACAUCCAGGGGUCUCCAUGACCUCAAGAAUGAAAAACCAAAGGGAAUCCCUUUCUGGAAAGCCUGGAGAGGGGGUGGAGGAGGCCUUGGAUCUUCUGAAUCCUGGAGAAAAGAAGGCACAUGCAAAGGAAGGACCACUGUGUGACCCAUACCCCUCUGGCCCUCCGGGGGCACCAUCCAACAACAGGACAGGAUAUACAGAUGCUUUGUUGAAAUCUGGGGGGUCAGGGGGUCCAGAGGAAGACCAGAUCAUUGAGGUGGAUGGGUGGUGCCACCUGCCUCGUUUCCCUGUCAAGUCUUCCAGGACCAAUGAGAGGGCCAUGCAGGCCUGCUGGGGGCUGCCUGAGGCCGAGGUGCGUGUCUGGGGGGCUCAGAUCCUGUUGGCCCUCGAAAACCUGCAUCAACAAGGCAUCCUGUGUCGGGAUCUCAACCCUAAAAACAUACUGCUCACCAGCAAUGGAAAGGUUUGCUUGACUUUUUUUGGCCAGUGGAGUGAGGUUCAGUCGGAGAUCAGCUCCAAAGCAAUGGAACAAAUGUACUGUGCUCCAGAAAUUGGAGGGGUGUCCAAGAUUACAGAAGCAUGUGACUGGUGGAGUCUUGGGGCAUUGUUGUUUGAACUUCUGACAGGAAUGCCCCUGUGGCAGCUUCAUCCGGCAGGAAUACAUUCUCAUACUCAGCUGCUCAUCCCCGACCACCUGAGCACCGCAGCUGCAUCCCUUCUCACUGAGCUGCUCCAGUUUGAUGCUGGGUAUCGUUUGGGUUCUGGAGGAGGAGGUGUGAGUGACAUCAAGUGUCAUCCCUUCUUCAGCGGUGUCUCCUGGAAAGCUCUGAGCUGCUAGCAGACCCACUGGCACCAUCUGUGAUCUCUGGAUCUGCAGUGGAAGACAGGGUUCAUUCUCAAGAGCCCAAGUGUCUUCGUGUGGACAAAAAACGGAUGCAGGCCCCAGAUUCCUGAUUUCUUUGAAUUUUAUGCUUCCCAAAGAAAAAUGGCACAGUAGGCUUAAUACUGAAACCAGUAUGAAACAGAGAACCAUGUCUGAUUGUCUCUUCAACAUGUCAUGAAUAAAUUUGUUACUUCCACUUAUGAGACUCCACUGAAGCUAAAUUUGAUGCAAUUUUGACAUGGUUAUGUUGUACAGAACUGUCAGCUAAAUCCAUUCCUACCAACUUCAUUAUCACCAUGCAUGAAAACUGAUGCCUCUACUUCUUAAAUAAUGACCAUUA